AUGGGCUCCUUGCCCGAGGGCAAGUGGAAGUGGCAUGGUGGCGUAGUCGGCCCGGAUGGUGCAGUAUAUGGGAUCCCCUCUCAUGCGCGCAGCGUGCUGAAGAUCGUCCCAAAGACAGGCGAAGUGUCGCUACUCGGGGAUUUUACCUCGAUGCCCUACAAGUGGGGCGGCGGCGCUGCGUCGGACGGCGCUGUGUAUGGCUUUCCAAGCAACCAUGAUGCCGUGUUGAAGAUCAACACUGCUACAGAGGAGGUCUCGCUACUGGACGGGUUUCGCCAACCUGGUAACUCGAAGUGGCAAGGAGGAAUGCGAGCCAAAGACGGUGCGAUCUAUGCUGUGCCCGACCGUGCGAAGGAAGUCCUGCGGCUCUCGCCCGCCGAGGACCGCGCGGAGGUUGUCGGCGGCCCUUUUGAAGGAUGGUUCAAGUGGCAAGGAGCGGUUAUGGCCGAGGACGGCACCAUUUAUGGCCUACCUAACCGGGCGAAAACGGUGCUCCAGAUUCGCCCAGAAUCCGCAUAG